GCUAACAAUAACUUCGUGUACACCCCUGUAAACAAGGCUUUUGACUAAAAAAAAUUACAAUAUGAUCAACAGUCUCUUUAUUAUCAACAGCAGUGGAGAUGUCUUUAUGGAAAAGCAUUGGAAGAGUGUCAUUCACAAAUCAAUUUGUGACUACUUUUUUGAAGAGCAAGGAAAGGCAGGGAGUCCCGAGGAUGUCCCCCCUGUGAUAGCCACACCUCAUCACUACCUCCUCAACAUCUAUAGAAACCAGCUGUACUUUGUUGCUGUAGUCACAACAGAAGUACCUCCCCUCUUUGUUAUUGAGUUCCUACACAGAAUUUUCGACACAUUUGAGGAUUACUUCACAGAAUGCUCUGAGACAACACUGAAAGAACAUUUUGUUAUUGUAUAUGAGCUGCUAGAUGAGAUGUUGGACAAUGGAUUCCCUCUGGCAGUGGAGUCUAACAUUCUGAAGGAACUGAUUCGGCCUCCAAACUUCUUACGGACCAUCACAGACACAGUCACUGGCAAAAACACAGGAGUCAGUGCCACUCUUCCGACCGGUCAGCUGUCUAAUGUACCCUGGAGGAGGACCGGCGUGAAGUACACAAACAACGAAGCCUACUUUGAUGUUAUAGAGGAAAUCGAUGCCAUCAUAGACAAGCAAGGGAACACAGUCAUAGCAGAGGUCCAGGGAUAUAUAGAUUGUCUGAUUAAGCUGAGUGGGAUGCCAGAUUUGACCUUGUCCUUCAUUAACCCCCGUCUCCUGGACGACAUCAGCUUUCAUCCAUGUGUGCGGUACAAACGAUGGGAGAGUGAAAAGGUUUUGUCAUUUGUCCCCCCUGAUGGAAACUUUAGGUUGAUCUCGUACCAUAUAGGAGCCAAUAAUAUGGUAGCUGUACCUCUAUACAUCAGACACAACAUUCAGUACAGAGAGGGCAGUGGGGGGAGGUUUGAGGUCACCAUAGGACCCAAACAAACCAUGGGCAAAGUGGUGGAGAACAUAUCCUUGGAGGUUCCUUUCCCCAAGUCUGUACUGAAUCUCACCUUAACCCCCUCACAGGGAAAAUACACUUUUGAUCCUGUUGGCAAAAUACUAACCUGGGAUGUAGGUCGGAUGGAUCCUACCAAACUCCCCAGCAUUAAAGGAAAUAUCAGUUUACAGAGUGGACAUCCAAUACCAGAGUCAAAUCCCACAAUUAAU